AUGUUCAAUAGUCCACUUACAUUCAACGAUUUAAGCAGAAGUACGCAAACUCCAGCGCAGUCAUCCUCCACCAGCCAAUCAGCUCAGACGGCCAAUUCAGAGAGCACGUCGUACCUCCCAGGAUAUCUCAGCAGCGCUGCCCGAGGAUCUUCUAUACCAGUAUCCACACCACCGCGCCAGGAGACCCAAUCCAGCCACGCACACAGCUCAUCCCAGCAGUCUUUAUCCCGCUCCCCGCUUUCCACUUCCCAGUCUAGUGCCCACCACACACCGAACCAAAGCGUAAACCACAGCGUCAGCGGGGGUGCUUUCGGUGCAGGCUCCCUCUUUGGCAGUAUCUCCACACCGCUCUCCAAAUCCCCCCGUAACAGUUUGUACGGACGCCUAGAAGACGACCAGGAGGCACCGCCAACAAUGUUCCUCCAAGACGAGGAUAAUGUACAUCAAUUCCAAUCCGACACGGGUAAUGCGGCUGCUAAUACAGCUGCUAAGGCACCCUCACAACAUACAAACGCACCCUCAGCGAAGCAGAUACACAAUUUGACUCCAUGGCACCACGCUCCGCAGCCAACAAGGAUACACGCGCCUCUCGAAACUCGCAGCGUUACUUUCUUCGGCAUAGGCGAUAACCUCCGAGCGAGAAUGAUGGACGUCUUCAUACCCCAGUUCGGUCAGGUGGAGAGCGUGAGCGACGGCGUCAACUGGAUAGAUGCGGUGUUUGCGGACACUCUCGCUGCCAGCAGAGCAAUCAAGUGGAAUGGCGUCAAGGUGGAUGACCUGGGCGGCGUAAUGCUCGGUGUUAAAUUGACACAUGGCGGGAGUGAAGAGCAUGCUCAGAGUGCACCUCCUUCCCAGCACCACGAUAGCAAGCAUCUUACCCCGCUCCCGCCCUCACAGGCUUUCAAACCCUCCCCUAAACCGCAGUCUAGCACUGCUUCACUCAGGACCAUGUUUAAUUCUCCCAGCGCUAACAAGUCUAGCAAUGAAUAUGGCAUCUCCGCACAGCAAGUCCAGCCGCAGCAAAGUGGUUCCAGCUGGGGCGGUAAACUUGCCGAUCUCAUUUUUGGGUUUUAG